AUGAACGAAGAGGAGGAUGGCGGUGAGUCGAGCUCCGGCCCUGCUCCUCUGCUCGAAGCCUCCGCCAAGGAAGCCGAAGGCGUCGACGUUGAAGCGGCGAAGGAGCAGUCCUCCAAGUUAUGCGGCUUCUUGAACAAACUGUCCGGCAAGGGGCCUCUUAGGGGGUACAAGCCACGGUGGUUCGUGUACGACCCCAGAAAAUGUUAUCUGUAUUACUUCAAGAGUCCCCAGGACGCUUUACCUUUGGGACACAUCGAAAUUGGCGAUGCCUGCUUCAGCUACGACUUGGAGGCCGACGAGGGACACUUUGGGAUAAGUACGGCGGGGAAGGAGUUUCUGCUCAAGGCCCCCAGCAAGCAAGUAAUGCACUUCUGGCUUCACCAACUGCAACAGAAGCGCUGGGAGUUCAGCAACUCACGAGGCUGCGGACAGAGGGACAGUUGGAGCUCGCCCACCUUAGCCCACCCAAUCAGCGGACUUGUAGCCAAAGAUAACGAUGCAUUCCUCUUUGAAAAGCUCAGUGACAGCAUGGAGAAGCUCCGCAGUGAUUUUGACAUGGAGUCUCAGACGGAAGGCAGUGGAACGGUUGGGAUUCAGUCAGCCAGAGGGACUGCCUCUUCGACAAAUACCCUUAAUUUCGCAUUCAAGACCUUUGGUACAGAACUCAGGAACUCCAUGUCAUAUCUGCGACCGGGUAGGGCAGGCGAUAGCAAACGCAGCGUGUUUUAUACGGGCAACAACAGCAGUGCAGACGAGUGGGAGCUUGUGGAUGCUCCACCCAAAGACUUCCCAGAACACAAGCAUCACCCAGAAAUUCACAGACAUUCUUUUGGAUCGGCGUUUGACUUUGUACGCAACUCGUCAAGGCCAAAGAGGCCUCUGCUCCGUGACAUGAUGGGCUCGGGGAAGUUCGGUCGCAAUAAUGAGUGCCGCAGCGCCGAGAGUUCUCCGGUGGAGUUUAACGGCAAAUAUUCAGAGCUUCAACUUCGUCUUCAAAGCCAGCAGGAAGAAUUGUGUCGCAUGCAAAAAGAAGAAGCCAAAAUCAAAGAGGAGUUGGCCAGCCAGAAGGAGUUGGUAAGACUUUUGCAGCAGACCUUAAGAACAUCCCAGUGUGAUCGACAACCAGUACAUCGACCAGUACCGCCUCCGGAUCCCACGUCCACUGAGUCCGAUCAAACCCACCACCCAGCGCUAAGCCCUGACGAGGUUACGCGUUUAGAGGCUCAGGUUCAAGAAAGAGAUGGACAGAUCCAAUCCAUGUGUGGACACAUGGAGCGUCUGGCUUUGGAGAAAGAGAGCCUCCAACAAGAGUUGAAGGGGCUGAAAAUUAAGGUUGGGGAGAUAAACGAUCAGCUGGGAAUGCUGAUGGAGACCAUCCAGGCCAAAGAUGAAGCGAUCAUGAAGCUCUCGCAGCAGAGCACGGAGCAGAGUGGAACUCCCAAUGACGGUUCGACACCUCCUGGAAGGGAACAACAGGAACUGGACAUCCUCAAGGAUAGUCUUCAAGGAUAUAAAACCCAAAACAAAUUCCUCAACAAAGAAAUCCUGGACCUGACAGGGUUGCGCAGAAAUGCCGAAACUCGCGAGAAAGCAUUGGAAGCUAAGUACACAGCACUGGAGGCCAAGUUGUGUCAGGUGGAGAGUAAGUAUCUGGUACUGCUACAAGAGGUGAAGAAUCCGGUGUGCUCUUCUUCGGAGCAGAGUCCUGCCCGCGAAGUCAUCUCCAGAUUGUUGGAAGAUGCGCUACAGGUGGAGAACCCCGAGCAGGAAGAGCACCCUGUUUUCAGAACCAACACUGUCAGCGAGUAUGACGUCUACGGCUUCAAGACGUUGCCUGAGGAAGAGGAAGAAGAGGAGCGUCUUGUCGCCAAAGUAAGAGCCUUGGAACUCAAGUCCCUCGCCAUGACGGAUCAGGAGGUGUCCAUCGGUGUCAAGUGGGAAAACUUUCUAGCCAGCACCAUGAACCGGAACUUGGUGCGCUCUCCUGAGCUCAAGGCGCUGAUCCGCUGCGGUAUCCCCCAUGAGCAUCGCUCUCAGCUCUGGCGCUGGUGCGUCUCCGUUCACGUCAAGAAGCUCCGGGAUCACUUGGCGCCCGACUAUUAUGAGACUUUACUAAACGUGGCCCGGGACAAACCUAACCCUGCUUCCAAGCAGAUUGAGCUGGACUUAUUGCGUACUUUACCCAACAACAAGCACUACUCUUCUCCGAGUGCUAUUGGGAUCCAGAAGCUCAGGAAUGUUCUGGUGGCUUUCUCAUGGAGGAAUCCAGACAUAGGAUACUGCCAGGGACUUAACAGGCUAGCAGCUAUUGCAUUACUCUAUCUGGACCAAGAAGAUGCAUUUUGGAGCCUCAUAGCCAUUGUGGAAGUGUUCAUGCCAAGAGACUAUUACACCAAGACUCUGCUUGGCUCACAGGUGGACCAGCGCGUCUUCAAGGACCUUAUGAACGAGAAGCUGCCACGACUUCACAGCCACUUUGAGCAACACAAGGUGGACUUCUCCCUCAUUACCUUCAACUGGUUCCUGGUGGUGUUUGUGGACAGCGUGGUCAGCGACAUCCUCUUCAAGAUCUGGGAUGCCUUCCUCUAUGAAGGGCCUAAAAUCAUCUUUCGUUUCGCUCUUGCACUCUUCAAAUACAAGGAGGAUGAGUUCCUAAAGUUGCAAGAUUCCACCACCAUUUUCAAAUAUCUCAGAUACUUCACACGCACAAUCCUUGAUUCCAGGAAGCUGAUGAACAUCGCCUUUGUGGACAUGAACCCGUUCCCGAUGAGGCAAAUCCAGAACCGGCGCGGCUUCCACCUUGAAAAAGUCCGUUUGGAGUUGACCGAGCUGGAGGCCAUCAGGCAGACCUUUCUGCGGGAGAGGGAGACAACUCAGGACAGACGCAGCUUCCUUAGCGACGACGAGGAGGAAAACUAA